CUGCUGUCUCGUUGCCACCUGCAGGUGGUCGGGAACAUCUGUCUCCUCUGACGACAUUCCCAAUGCAUUGUAUGAGCUAUUUAAGCUGCAGAAUCCCAGACGCUGCACAGACGAGUCCAUCUAGAGGCGCUGCCUCUCGCUCCAUUCCCAGGAGGGUAAAUCCGAAUCUGAAGGCUCGCUGCUUCUUUCCUUAACGUGCCGGGGGACCAUGGCCUCAUUUCAGUGUUUGCUGGUACUUGCUGUUUGUAUGAAAGUGUUGGCUUUCCCCUUGUCCACACGGCUCUCUGAGGGAGAGGAGAAGGUAACAAGAUGCAUUCUGGAAGUUCUGGCAGAGUCUCUGUCCAAACCCCACGCAGAGCAAGUGAGCGGAGAUUGUCUCAGGAUCCUUAAAGAAGAUGAACGGGUCAUAUCGAUGCUACGUCAUCAACAUUUGCUACGAGAAUUGGAGGAGUUAGCUCAUAAAGAAAAGUCUGCACACAUGGAGCAGGAGAAUAUGGACACUAGUGAGGAAGAUGAGUUGAGGAAGAGAGCAAAUGAACAGAGUAAGAGAGGACCAGCUGCCAAGAGAGGUUCUGAGAGUGAAGAAUCCAGAGAGCGUCAGGAAACAAAGGAGAUUGAGAAGAUGGAGAAGGUGGAGAUAAAGGAGAAAGAGCGUGGGGAAUCAGCAGAAGGCAAAAAAAAUGAAAUGCUUGAGGAAGAUGAAGAGAAAAGAAGCCCAGCAGAAAAAAGAGGGAAGGAAGAAAGAAACUCCGGGAAGAAGAGGAGCGGUGAGGGAAGCCCAAAAAGAAAUCCCAGUAAGAGAUUCAAUGAUGGGGAGGUGGAGGACAGCUCAGAAGAGGAUGAGGAUGAGCAAGGGUUCCACGGAAACAACCAUGGAUGGUACCACAGCAACCAUGAUGACUGGGAGGAGAGGAAGCGAGGAUCAGCAAAGAGAAUGGCAGAAGAUCCCAGUGAAGAAGAGACCGCACAAUUUGAGACUGAAGACAAAGGUAUUAAAUACUUCAAUUCCAAGACUCAAAUGCAAGGCCACCAUGGAGAAGGGAAAAGAUACAUGCAUUAUCCUGAGGAAGGUGAGGUGGCCAGAGAGAGGAGCCAUCAUGGACCAGAGGAGGGUGAAAGGUAUUACCACAAUGGAAGGCCUGAAAAUCAGGAGGAACAAGAGGAAGAGAGAGAGCUGAAGGAGAUGGAGGAACGAGAGGAACACAAAGCUGAGGAGCAGGACCUGCAGGAGGUGGAGAGAGAGCUGAGGAAAACUGCAGAGAGAUUACAGCAGCUGCGCCAAGGUUGACCCUAAAGCUAGUG